AUGGGCGGAGUGAAGCGACGACUGGCGGCGGAAACAGUCGCCGCGGUGCGCGACGAUGGCGAUGCGGCGACGACGAUGGCGACUACGGUGGCGACGAAAGCGAAGAGGAGUGAGCGACGGCCGACGAGGGAGAUGGAUCGGAACGAGCAGGCCGAGGCGGCGCGGCGCGACGAGGGGCGAGAAGAGCGAUUCGGCGAACACGAAGAGCGCGAGGAGAGCGGGGAGAGCGGGGAGAGCGGGGACGAGGGGACAGAGAAGAUCGUGGCGGAAGCAGGGGAGAAAGGGGAGGAAGCGGGUGGGGAAGGGGAGGAGGUUGAGGUGGAGGAGGAGGAGGAGGAGGAAGAAAAGGUGGAUUAUGGAGAAGACGAGAUUGAUAGAGAGGAAUACGAGGGGGAGGGGAAGGAGGAGCGGGAGGGGGGAAAUGGCCGAAAUGCAGAAAAGACGAGGGAAGAGGGGGGGAGUAAAGAGGAGGAGGAGGAAGAAGGGAAGGAGGCGGAGGAGGGGGAAGAGGAGGAGUCGGAUGAGGAGAGUGAGGAGGGGGAAGAGGUGUGGGAGGGCAGGGAGCGGUCAAAGGCAGUGGAGGAGGGAGGGGAUGGAUGGAUGGAUGAGGAGGAAGAGGAGGAAGAAGAGGAAGAGGAGGAGGAGGAGGAGGAUGAGGAUGAGGAUGAGGAUGAGGAGGAAGAAGAGGAGGAGGGGGAGGAGGGGGAGGAGGAGGAGAUGGAGGCAGAGAGGGCAGUGAGGGAGAGGGAGGUGAAAGGAGUGCGAGUGGAGGGGUUUUGUGUGUUCCCCCGGCACGUUCCCCCAUCACCACCUCCUCAACCGCACUACCACGUGGUGCGCCGCACGCACGGGCACCCGCCUGCACUUGCCACGCCUUACUCCUCUUUCACCUCUGCGUUCGCUCCUCAUUCUCCUCUCUCACUCCCUUCUGAACUAGGCAUGAGCACGGAGUUUUGCUCACACCCCUUCUGCCUCAAGCUGAUUGCUUCGGUUUCAUACCUUCUCAAUUCUCCACCCUCUACAUCUGCGCUGCACCCAACUUCUACACCUUGUUCCUUUGCCCCCCAUGCCCAUCCGCACUCUUAUUUCUCCCUCCCUCCCUCCCUCGCUCCGUCCCUCAUUCCCUCUCUCCCUCCCACCAGGUGUCUGGCGCCUAUCACAGCAGUGCACCCCGUCUCCGCCUACCAAGGCGGCCUCUACAUCUGCGCCGCCCCCAACUGCUUCCUCUCCUUCCCCCGCCUCUCCCUCCUCUCCUCCCACACCCGCUCCGCCCACCCAUCGAUCGCCCCCCACCCCUCCCGCCCCCACCUCCUCCUCCCCACUCCUCCCUCACUCACUCCCGCCACCUCGCCUGAAAGUAUAUGCGCGAUGGGAGGGGCGGAGGGAGGGGAGGAGGGGCAUGAAGAGGGGUGGCAUGGGCAGGGCUUUGGGCGGUCAGUGUUGGCGGAUGGGGGAGGGAAGGCAGUCGCAGUGGCAGGGGCGACAGCAGGGCUAGCAGGAGCAGCAGCGAUGGCAGCGGCAGUAGCAGCCGGAGCAGCAGGAGCGGGAUCAACAGGAGGAGCAGGAGCAGGGGGGGGAGGGGGAGGUUCAGGUGGGAUGGUUGGGGGGUCUGGGCCGAGUAGAGCAGGUGCAAAUGCCGCCGCUGCUGGAGUCACUGCGGGUCCCUCGGGUGGUGUUGCUGGUGGGAGGCUGGGCGGAGGAAAGGCAGGAGGGAGCGGAGGGGUAGGAAGGGGAGGAGGUGGUGGGGGGGCCGGGGGUGGUGAAAGGGGAGCAGUGGGGGCAGUGGGGUUGGGUGCAGCUGGUGGAGGCACACUCAGUGCAGGGCGGGCAUCCCCCACUGCUGCUCCCCUUCCCCCCUCACCUGCUUCCCUCAGGCCCUCCGCUUCCCCCCACGCCCCAUCUGCUUCCCCACACGCCCCAGCCUCCCUCCCCCCUCCCCUCCCGCCGCCCGCGCGCCAGCCACCCCUCCCUCUGCACUCUGCUGCGCCCCCUCUUCCCUCUCCUCCAGAAUCUGCUCGUUCAGGCGGCUUUACCCCGCUUGCACCCUCAUUGUCUCCCAUGCAACUGCAGCAGCAGCAGCACCAGCAGCAACAACAGCAGAAGCACCCUCCACUUCCGCCUCCCCCUUCAUCCCUUCCCUCCCGCCCCCUUCCACCUCCCUCACUCGCUCCCUCAAACCUCCCCUCCCAACCCAACCCUCCUCCUGUCCCCCGCCCCCCUACCCUCCCUCAACCCCCCCUUCCACUGUCUGCUCCUCCUUCCUCCCCUUCCUCUACCUUCUUCUCUUCGCACACCCACUCUCCAUCCCACCCUCCUCUUCCUCCCAGCAGCAAUACAUUCCAAUCCACUCCCACUAAUCCUCCUCAUUCUGGCUUCCCUUCUCCCUCUCUCAAUCGUCCCCCUCUCCCUCCACCUCCCACCCCUUCCACCCCUCCCAACCCCCCACAAUCCACCCGGCAACCUCCCCUCCCUCCUCACUUCCCUUCCGCGCCCUCAUCUCUCCCACCCCAAUUCUCCUCUCCCCCUGCCCCUGCCCGCCCCCCCACCAUGCCCCCUCUCCCUGCCAACUACCUGCCUGCCACACCACCCACUCCCUCCUACCCUCCCUUUUCCCCCUCGCCCUCCCACCAACAGCAGCAGCAGCAGAACCAGCAAGCUCAGAAUUCCCGCAUUAUGGGAGGAGGCAUGGGAGGAGGUAUGGGAGGAGGUAUGGGAGGAGGCAUGGGAGGAGGCAUGGGAGGAGGCAUGGGAGGAGGCAUGGGAGGAGGCAUGGGAGGAGGCAUGGGAGGAGGAAUGGGAGGAAUGGGAGGAGGUAUGGGAGGGAUGGCGCGAGAUGGAGGUGCCUUUGCAGGGGGGCAAGUCUUCCCCCAAGGGCCCUCUUCAGGGGGGCUGGGUGCUUUUGCUGGUGGCCCCGGUGGUGCCAUGGGAGGGGGAAUGGGAGGGGGCAUGGGAGGAGGGAUGGGAGGAGGGAUGGGUGGGGGAAUGGGAGGAGGUAUGGGAGGGGGGAUGAUGGGUGGAAGUAUGGGAGGGGUUGGGAUGGGUGGAGGGGUGGAUGGAGGUGGUAUGACAGGCUAUAACAUGCCUCCACUUCCCCCUUCGAGGCAUGCGGGGCCGCACGGGAAUUAUCGCAUGGACAGGCCUGGAGAUGGGGGCAUGGGGGGAGGUUGGGGAUAG